GCUGCAGUCCGCUGCUCCCGCAACGAUCGACAGCCGCAGCAGGCACUUGCCAGCCAAGAGUUCGACGUAACACUUUCUGUAGUGUGGUACAGUCCAAUUUAGCAGCGUCCGUCAUGCGCGGCAUCUUGGUGUCGUGCGCCGCUCUGGCUUUUCUCGCGGUAGGCGUAUGGGGACAAAGUUCAUCAGGUUCGGGAAGCGGCAUUUUCGGCACUCAAACUGCCCUUCGACCACAAUCCAUCACAGGACUUAUUAACUUAUUACGGUACCAAAACCAGCCGUGCGAAGGACGCAAUAACCAAAAUGGAACCUGUCUUGGCGAGCAAGAUUGCGUGGACCGCAAAGGAACGGAAGUCAACCGUUGUGCCAACGGAUUCGGAGUCUGUUGUUACGUGUCCUUUACGUGCGGUAAAUCGACAUCGAACAACGAGACGGAGUUCGUCAACCCACACUAUCCGAACGGCGAAAAUGGGACUGAUACGUGCCAGGUAACCAUUGAGAAGCAGCCGAAUGUGUGCCAGCUGCGUUUGGACUUCCUCGAAUUCUCACUGGCCCAACCCGACGAGAACGGCCAGUGCAUUACCGACUCGUUCAUGGUGCGUACCACUGUCGGCGAACGCCUACCCAUUCUUUGCGGAGAGAACGCCGGCUUACAUCUCUACGUUGACAUGGGCCGCAGCAGUGGAAACCCGGUCGUACUUUCCGUCGUUAGUAAUGGCGCCAUUAUGCUUCGUCGCUGGCGUAUUCGUAUAUCAAUGAUUCAAUGCAAUUCGCUUGAUAUCGCCCCGGCUGGCUGUCUUCUCUAUUAUCGUAGUCCGCAAGCUAUUGUACGUUCAUUCAAUUAUGGACCUAAGGUAGAUAAUAGAGUUCGUUACUUAAGCAACCUGCGUUACUCAAUUUGUAUUCGCGUCGAGGAGAACUUUUGUUCCAUUAAAUGGGAAACGGAGACCAACAAUUCGUUUUCGUGGGGUAAGCCCAUUCUGAACGGAGCUUCUGGCCCCGAGUGCAAUGUCGACGAUUUCAUUGGUAUCGAUAGUGGCUCAACCCUAGGAGAGGGUCCUGGACAAGAUAGGUUCUGCGGUGCAAUGCUUGGAGAAGACAACGUUAUUAUAUCUCAUAGCAAACCUUUUUUGCUGAAGGUUAAAUCAAACCAUGCCGCUUCCGAUAACGCUGCCAACGGCCAGUACGGCUUCUCGCUUAGAUACACUCAGCUACCUUGUGUCAUCUAGUGAGGUAGGCCAAGAUCACUGUCUGUUAGAGGGUAUUAGGAAAAGAAAUCAAUGAUUUCAACUAUUUCAUUGCCUCAUCCGAAGUCGUGUUUAUUUCGCAACUUCACGUGCUUUAAAUUCGCCAAAAUUUGACGCGGUUAUCGCGUCAGUGACCUGCUAUCUCGACAAGGAUCACCGGUUCACGAAAUACGGACGGAUCCAACCCUAUAUGAAAUGUCAAGUGUAAAAUAUGAGCCCGAACACAGUUGAAGGACUGAUCACAUCUCAUUGAGCAAACAAAUGUCAUCCCAACGCAACAAGAACAGGGAUAUCAUCCAGUCGCCAUCGGGGAAAUUUAAUUAAAAACGUGAAUGAACUAGUGUAGCGUAUUUAUUAUUACAAACAUGUGCUAAAUAUUAUGUAAUUA